AGGUGGUGCGCUCCGGGCGGGGCAGCGCCAUCUGGCCGCGCCUGGGACCUAGAGUUGCGCGGAGAGCAGGGCCUGGAGCUCGAGAUGCUGUCGCCGACGCCCCCGUUCCUCCGCGCGCUGCUGGCCCGCCCCUGGAGGUGGGUCGGGCUGCGGUGGAAGCACACCUCCUCCCUGAAGGUGGCCAACGAGCCAGUCUUGGCCUUCACACAGGGCAGCCCCGAGCGAGAUGCAUUACAGAAGGCCUUGAAGGACUUGAAGGGCCGGACAGAAGCCAUCCCUUGCGUGGUGGGGGACGAAGAGGUGUGGACCUCGGAUGUACAGUACCAGGUGUCGCCCUACAACCAUGGACACAAAGUGGCCAAGUUCUGCUAUGCAGACCAGGCCCUGCUCAGCAAAGCUAUUGAGGCAGCCUUGGCUGCCAGAAAAGAGUGGGACCUGAAGCCUGUCACAGACCGGGCCCAGAUCUUCCUGAAGGCCGCAGAUCUGCUGAGCGGGCCACGCAGAGCAGAGGUUCUGGCCAAGACCAUGGUGGGGCAGGGUAAGACAGUGAUGCAGGCGGAGAUCGAUGCUGCGGCUGAGCUCAUUGACUUCUUCCGAUUCAAUGCUAAGUUCGCCCUGGAGCUGGAGGGGGAGCAGCCCAUCAGCGUGCCGCCCAGCACCAACAGCGUGGUGUACCGGGGGCUGGAGGGCUUCGUGGCAGCCAUCUCCCCCUUUAACUUCACUGCGAUUGGUGGCAACCUCGCUGGGGCACCGGCCUUGAUGGGCAAUGUGGUCUUAUGGAAACCCAGUGACACUGCUAUGCUGGCCAGCUACGUUGUCUACCGUGUCCUCCGGGAAGCUGGCCUGCCCCCCAACAUCAUCCAGUUUGUGCCAGCUGAUGGGCCCACAUUUGGGAACACCGUCACCAGCUCAGAGUGCCUCUGCGGCAUCAAUUUCACAGGCAGUGUGCCCACCUUCAAACACCUGUGGAAGCAGGUAGCCCAGAACCUGGACCGGUUCCACACCUUCCCACGCCUGGCUGGAGAGUGUGGUGGGAAGAACUUCCACUUUGUGCAUGGCUCAGCCGACGUGGACAGCGUGGUAAGCGGGACCCUGCGCUCAGCCUUCGAGUACGGUGGCCAGAAGUGCUCAGCCUGCUCCCGCCUCUAUGUGCCGCACUCGCUGUGGCCGCAGAUCAAAGGGCGGCUGCUGGAGGAGCAUGGCAGGAUCAAAGUGGGCGACCCUGCAGAGGAUUUUGGGACCUUCUUCUCUGCAGUGAUUGAUGCCAAGUCCUUUGGCCGCAUCAAGAAGUGGCUGGAGCACGCCCGCUCCUCGCCCAGCCUCACCGUCCUGGCUGGAGGCAAGUGUGAUGACUCCGUGGGCUACUUCGUGGAGCCCUGCAUCAUCGAGAGCAAGGACCCUCGGGAGCCCAUCAUGAAGGAGGAGAUCUUUGGGCCCGUGCUGACCGUGUAUGUCUACCCAGAUGACAAGUACAAGGAGACUCUGCAGCUGGUCGACAGCACCACCAGCUAUGGCCUCACGGGGGCAGUGUUUGCCCAGGAUAAGGACAUUGUCCAGGAGGCUACAAAGAUGCUGAGAAAUGCUGCUGGCAACUUCUACAUCAAUGACAAGUCCACUGGCUCAGUGGUGGGCCAGCAGCCCUUUGGGGGGGCCCGCACCUCUGGAACCAAUGACAAGCCGGGGGGACCCCACUACAUCCUGCGGUGGACAUCGCCCCAGGUCAUCAAGGAGACCCACGCACCCCUGGGGGAUUGGCGCUACUCGUACAUGCAGUGAACUGUGCUCGCUCCUCUGCUGUCCACCUGUCUGUCCGUCCAGACGACUGACCUCUGGGCACUGGCCCCAUCCCAGCCCCUCCCCUCCCACUGGGACAGUCUUCUUUCCAGGGCCGAGGCCUCCACCCCUGACCCCUGCUGGCCUGUAUUCCGGCCUGUCCCACCCCUUGGAAUCAGGUGCCAGGCUCUGGUUUGAGACCAUGCUGGGGAGGAACAGGGACCACUACCCCUUAACCUGCUAGCUGGCCCAGAAAUUCCUACCCGGUAGGUGUGCCCUUUGGGCCCAGCUGCUUCUCCGUCUGUCCUUUUGUCUUUACACCACGGCCUGGUGGCUCAGGGGUCUGGGGAAUGGUGGCAGAGCAGCUACCAGGAUCCCUUGGGGAAGAGGGGGCAUCUCUGGGUCCCUUGGCAAGCCUCACCACCCACAGAGGCUCCUGGCCGUGGCCCUGGCUCCUCCAGGUCUCCAGGGUAAGGUGUGACCUGGGGUGGCCUGCAGGGCUGGUGAGUUACGGCUGCAGCAUGCCAGGGACACCAGCUGGCCUUGCCCUCUUGGGUCUGGGCUGCCCGCCUUCCUCACUAGCUCUUUGCCCAGGUUCACCUGAGCCAGUGGGCAUCUGUGCCUAACCAUAUGCCUUAGAUGGCCGUGUGCCUUUCUGCAGGGGGCUUGUGUUCAUGUGAGGCCCACAUGUUUCCUGGCCGUCUGCAGAUGCUGGGCUGGGGGACCAUUGGAAGCCCCUCCAAGGUGUGGGAUGUGGUCCUUCCCGUUGGGGCUGUGGUUUUGAAAAAGCUCAGGUGGGUCUGCACGCUAGUCAGCCUCCUCUUAGCUGGUCCUGCUGCUAGUGAGGGCCACUCUCAGAGUCUGUUGGCCCGGGGUUCUCCUGUAGGAGCUCAGUUCCUUCUGGCUGUGGUAAAGAGGCCUGGUGGGACUUUGCUCCCACCUUUCCCACCCACCGAGACCUAGUCCUGGGUCCCCUUGUAGCCUGGGCCAAGGGUUGCCUGUAGAGUCUUCCCUCCUUUGUGCCCACAGGGCUCUCUUGGAUUGGCCCCUAGGUGGCCUGUUCUCUGUUUGACGCAGCCAAUUGGUGGACAGUCGCAAAUACCUGCUGAUUAGAUUCUGGGUGGCCAGGGAUCUAUGAGGGGUGUCUUUGGAGGGCAGUUCUUGGGCCCUAAAAGUGCUGAGCCCUCCUAAGAAUGGCCCCAUGGGGCUGGUGUGGCUAUUCCCCAAGUGCCGUGAUUUCAAACAGGCCCGUGGUUGGGGGCAGGUGCCAGUGCUGCCCAGCCUGGGCAUGGGCCCUGCUUCCUGCAGGGUCUGCAGUGCUUCUGUGGGAGGCCAGGGCAGCCAGCUGGGGGGCUGGCCGUGUUUGUGGUUCUACACUGUGAGGUGGCAGUGGGAUUCACCUGAUGCCACACAAUAAAAAUGCUUUUCCUUAAA